CAAGCAAAGGGCAAUUUAGUCCAUUCAACUACAACCAAUCAUAAUCCUGCACGUCUUUACCGUCUCUCUCUUACUCAUCGCGUAAAAACAAAACCUUAAACCCCAUAUAAACCCUUACUCAUCAUCAUCUUCUUCCUCAGCAACCACUUUCUCUUUCACUCUGCAAAUUCAAGCUCGAAAAUGGCUGACCCAUCCAUCUACAACUUUCUCAACCACAAAGGACCCUUGCCUUCAAGACCCCCAAGAAAGAACCCUACAAACCCACCACCACCAUCUUCCUCUUCUCGUCUCUUUCAGUGCCUUUACUGUCCCCGCAAGUUCUACACCUCUCAAGCUCUCGGCGGACACCAGAACGCCCACAAACGAGAGCGAGCUGCUGCUCACAGGAACAUAUCUGUUGAACCCACUAGCCAUCACUUCCCAUCAGACUCAUACGUGGAUCCUGGUUCACCAUUUCUGGACCAGUACUGGCCGGAUACAACCCAGACCCACCAGUUUGCACCUCCUGCUCAAUCUUCUGUUUCCCUAACUCAGAAUGGGUUUUGUGGCGGUUCAACCACUCCUACUGACAAUGAGCCUGUUUCCCCAGUCGCUGAUCUUAACAAUGACCCCGUAAACCUUGAUCUUACUCUGCGUUUAUAGUUUCUCUUGGUAGCUAGCUAGAUUUUGAAAAUGAAAGUUUCUGGGUUACGUUGUUUGGUUUAGAGAAAAU